AUGUUAAUUACAUAUACAGCAUUCUCUCCCUAUGUUAAUGCAUCUGUAAAUGAAUCAAGAGGUCACGAUGCUCAUGUUAUGAGAUCAAAUCAGAAUGAAGAAUCUCAAGUGCUUAAAGCUUCAGUUAGAUUUGCUGACGUUGAAAAUUUUGAAAGAGUAUCAAGUAAAAUAGAGGAAGAUGUUGCAGGAAUUGCUAUUGAAAAAGUUUUGUCAGAGGUUGUUGCUGAUAUAAAUGUCCAAGAGGUUGCUGAUGUGAAAACAGUUGGGGCGCAACCUUAUGAUGCAACAGAGGAUUGUCAAAAACCUUUGCAUACUCUUGAUGAUUUUAUUUUUCUUGAUGAAGAUCUUUCUCAGAUCAAUAAGACCGAAGAAUCUUAUCUAAAGAAAAGAGCCCCUGUUGAUCAAAACAAAAAGAAAGUGACACCGAAGAAACGUGGCAGAAAGAAAAAUCCAGGAAAGUUAAUAACAUCUCCCUACACACAACAUUUCGAAUCUGGAGGAACUUUAUGUCUAACACGUCAGUUUUUUGAGACAAAACAUCCUUUUUAA